UGCAGACGCACGCAAACAAUCGAAGAAUCCUGCACAUUCCUUACUAGAAUAAGAAUAACAUUUAAAUGUCUUUACAUGGCGGUCGGCGAAACGAGCCAUGCCGUGUAGGAGACCUACAACAGCGCAUUGCGUCGACUGUGCGUUUCAAAGCAACAUAAUGCAAUAAUUCAAUUCGCAUUUUCCUCAGAGAGAGAGAGAAAAAAAUCUGGGACUAUUGUUAUAUCGCACGGAUACUUUUUGCUCAAGUUAAGAUGGAUUCGCCCAAGGAAUUACCUCCUACUUCAAUGAUUUGAAUGCAAACGAGUAAACACGAACGCUGUCUUAUUGGUAUGAGAUGUUGUUAGCCUCGGCCGUGGUCGUCUGGGAAUGGCUGAACGAGCACGGGCGCUGGCGACCCUACAGCCCAGCGGUGUCCCAUCACAUCGAGGCGGUGAUCCGCAGCGACCCUCGCGGCGCCGGGAGCGUGGUGCUGGGCCAGGUCGACUCACGUCUAUCGCCGUACAUCAUUGACCUGCAGUCUAUGCACCAGUUUCGGCAAGACACCGGUACACUAAGACCUGUGCGGCGAAGUUUCUAUGAUCCACGGUCGGCUCCAGGCCAGGGUUGGGUGUGGGAAUGGGAGAACGACUCUGGUUCAUGGACGCCGUACGACACCGAGGUGAGCAUCGCCAUCCAGGCGGCUCGGGACCGGCAGCAGCCCUGGCUGGACUUAACGCCGCUGGGCUUCUGCUACCUCAUAGACCUGCAGAGUAUGACACAGAUUAAUGGACAGACGCAGCGGCGCCGGCGCAUCCAGAGGCGCUCAGACUUGGCAUACCCCCUAGUCUCUGGCCCACUUCCUAAACCACAUGCGUGGUCAUCCGCUGGAAGUGGUGGACUGUUGGGUGUGGGCGUUUCAGGGGUCAGUGGAGGGAAUGGCAGUGCCUAUCCCAGUGGAGCGCUCCCAGCUUCUGCUAUUACUUCACUGGGUCAGCCGUGUUCCUGCCAGCAGUGUAUGUUAGUCUUAGGUGUCAAGACCCCAAGCAUGGCACAAACUCUUGGGCGGAAACCCCCGCCAAUACCCAAGCCACCAAGUCCCAAAGCUCCAUCAAGAGGACACUCAUACUCGCUAACCCUGCCUCACCCUCCUUCCCUUUCCCGAGUCCUCUCGCCACAUAGGAACUCCACUUCGGGUGCUAGCGGAGGCUUCGGACACUCCCUCUCCCUGUUGGGCUCAGCCACUGCCGCUUUGUCCAUAUCCUCCAACCGUCCUCCCCCACCUACUGUACCGCCACCUCCGCCCCCAUCAACCACACCUCAUACCACCUCCAUGGCCAACCCUACAGCGCCUACACCCUCUAGCACCCUUAUAUCUACAGCGACCACCUGUGCUCCCACGCCCUCUGCUCGUGUUCUUGGUCCUGUGUCGACAGCGUCAGCAGCUUGUGCCGCCCCGGUGCCGCCUCGCAGUAGUCUGGCUGGUCUUAGCCGUCCCGCCCUACAGAGAAUCGCAAUGGCACAGUCACGGGCACUCAUUGCAUCAGGAGUCCCCACCGUCCCUGUGAAGAACUUAAAUGGAUCCAGUCCUGUUCAUCCCGCUCUGGCAGGAAUCACUGGUAUUCUGAUGAGCGCUGCUGGACUGCCGGUCUGCUUGACCCGCCCACCUAAACUGGUGCUCCACCCUCCACCUGUCAGCAAGAGUGACAUCAAACCUGUGCCAGGCCUCGGCCACUGCUGCCGGAAAACCACUAAAAAACAAGCCCGCAAAGGUAGGACUUCAGAAGAAGUUGUUAGGCGGUAUCUUCAGAAAGUCCGCAACCCACCAGAGGAGGACUGCACAAUUUGCAUGGAGUCUCUGUGUGGGCCGUCCGGCUAUAAAGGACCAGGCGUGGGUGGUAUUUCUCGGGCCGAGUCAGUGGGCCGUCUGUCUCAGUGCGGGCAUCAGUACCACCUGCAGUGCCUGGUGGCCAUGUACAACAACGGCAACAAGGACGGCAGCCUUCAGUGUCCCACCUGCAAGACCAUAUACGGUGUCAAAACCGGCAACCAGCCACCAGGCAAGAUGGAGUACCACGUCAUUCCACACUCGCUACCCGGACACCCCGACUGCAAAACCAUUCGGAUUAUCUACAACAUCCCCCCUGGCAUUCAGGGUCCGGAGCAUCCAAACCCCGGGAAACCCUUCACCGCUCGUGGAUUUCCCAGACACUGCUACCUCCCUGACAGUGAGAAAGGCCGUCUGGUGUUGAAGCUGUUGCUGGUUGCCUGGGACCGCCGGCUGAUCUUCUCGGUGGGCACAUCCAGCACCACAGGCGAGACGGACACAGUCAUUUGGAACGAGGUGCAUCACAAAACCGAAUUCGGCUCCAAUCUGACGGGCCACGGUUACCCUGACUCGGGCCACCUGGAUAACGUCCUGGAGGAGCUGCGGGCGCAGGGCAUCACUGAGGAGGAGUGUCUGAGGGACUGAAAACCUUGAAAAGUCCAACCACAAAGACUGAAUGUUUCUUUCUGUGUUAGUGUUGCCAAAUCUGAAUUCAAUUCCCAGCUCUUGUUUCUCAAAUGACGCUUUUGGAAAUCAAGGACUCUAAAAGGUUUAUAAUUCAUCAUCCUCAAUUAUUAUUAUUCUUUUUUUUGUCAGUGAUAUUAGCCCUCCUAUUGCUAAAGAAAUCUGAGCCUGUCAGAAGUGGGCUGCGAGAGCUGUAAUUAACAAACAAUAUUGCACUGUGCGCUAUUGUGGUGGAGCCGUUCUCUCUUUGAAAAACUCGAAGGACCUGAUAGAGUUCUCCCCACAGAAACCAGACUUGCUGCAGUGCAAUUUUGUCGCUAGCGGGCCGCAGGCACGGAACAGUGUCUGCUCAACCAUUUAUUGUAUUGUAGUUCUGUGAAGGAUACGCAAAACAAAGGUACAUCUGUGCAUGUAGUUGUAUCAUGUGGCGCAGAGACGUUUAUGUCCUUGGUGUAACCGAGGCGGCUAACUUUGAAGCUCCAGUUGCAGUUUUAGAUGCCGGAACGUGAAUGUUUACUGCCCCAUAGUGGCACUUGUUAACAUAUACAUUCCAGUAAUAACCAUGGUAUUUAUUUGACCACAUAGUUUUUUCGAAAUGUUUGCAGUAUUUACAUUAACCACUUAUAUUUGUACUUAUUUUAUUGUAUCUUACGUUAUUUUAUAUCGUCGAAACGAGAAACCUGUACUGUCAUCGAUUUUUGGGAUGGAAACCAGUCUCUGUUUAGGGACGUUCAACUCAACCUGAUUUGUUAAUCAGUAUUAAAAAAAUAUACAUUGAGCCAAGGUGAUUCUGGUGGCCAACAGAGGAACAACGCACAAAUUUAGUGAAAAUAAACUUUUUUUUUUUUGGGUGAUUGGAUUUGCCGUCGGAGAUGAAGGCCCUUGUCCACACGAACAUGGGUAUUUUCAAAACCACACUUUUUUUCUACAUUGUUUUGCUGUGUGUCCACACGAAAACGGAGUAUCGAGUGAAUAAAUUCUAAACAGUCUGAAAACCAUGGUUGAAGUUUUUUUCGCCUCAUGACAGCAUCCAUGCUGUUUUCUCCUUUCUGAUUGGCCAAGGUGACUGGGUUCACACCAAAUGCGGAAGAUGCAAAUGAGGCAAAAUUCUGCACAUUCGUGGAAAACACAAGUAUUUCGUGUCGUAUGCCAUUUGUGCAAAUACUUAAUUCUUUGUUUGUUUUGAACCCAUCAUAAGUGUUAUUAUCGCCCCCUGUUGGUUCGGCAUGUCCAUAACAUUCUUCAAUGUGCGUAUUUUGCAUUGUCAUGUGGACAGUUUUUUUUUUAUUUUUUUGGUGUUUGGAUUUGCUGUCGGAAAUGAAGGCCUUGUCCACACGAACACUGGUAUUUUCAAAACCACACGAAAAAGGAGUAUCAAGUGAAUGAAUUCGAAACUUUCUGAAAACUCCAACCAAGGUGAAGAUUUUCCUAAACUCCAGCUACAGUGUGGUCGAAGUUUUGUUUCGCCUCAUGAUGGCGUCCAUGCUUUUUUGCUCCUUGCUGAUUGACCAAAGUGUCUGGGUUCACACCGAACGCGGAAGAUGCAAAUGAGGCAAAAUUCCGCACAUUCCUGGCAAUUGCGUCGCAUAUUUCAUGUCAUUCACCCUUGAGGCGGUAAUCCACCUCUGUUCUCAUGUUUGCAUUGAUUUGUAUGUGAUUUGUGCAACUACUUAAUUCUUCGUGUGUUGUGAAUCAAGCAUAAAAGUGUGAUAGUUGCCCCCUGUUGGUGUGGCAUAACGUUUUUUUUUUUAACAAAAGUGGGGAAAACUCCCAUGUACGUGUGGACAUGGCCUAAAAAGUUACGAACAGGGCGAAAUCUGCGCGAUAGUACUUUUAAUAUGAUGUCAUCUGUUUCGAUUCUCCAAAAUUGAAGUGGUCUGCCUUUAAAGUGGUUACUAACGUACCCUGUUGACAAAUCCUGUGGACUAGCUCUCUCCGGUUGCCUUUCUGGUCGGUACGCGGUAGGUCUGUGAUGGACCUGUUUACAAAGCUGUUGAUGAAGCGUCUGCAUGUAUGUACAUGCAAAUGUGUAAGCUUACAUUUAUAGUUGAUGUGCUGUAUGUAUGUGUUUUAUGUACACAAUUAUUUUCGCCCUGCAUCCAAAAGCAUGUUGUGGAAGUAAAUGAGUAUUUCUUUUUCUUGUAUCAUUUUUUAUAAUAUACUUUGAAUUGGUUUAACUCUGUUUUUUUUUUCUUCUUAUAAGCUAUUAGGGUUUUUUCCACUGUGAAGUUUUUAAUUUUCUUUUAUUGCACUUGUAUGAUUUGAUUUAUUGUCCAGCCAAGUUCCUCAUGAUAGUUGCUAUGGAGACAACAGUGAAAAUGGCAUCGCUGCCAGGACGAAAACUGUGAAGACAAAGAACGGAGCUAGGAGAACUAAUGUUGCUGUAUAAUAUAAAAUGUACAAAACAACUCUUGCAUAUUAAAUAGCUGCUGGAAUACUGAAUAAAUAUUAAAGGUACUCAAAA